UGUGUGAGCUGAUGUGGAUGUGAACUCAGCAGCAUGGAUCAGUGUGAGGACAGAGAGGAGGGAGCCCCUCCCUCUAAAACCACUCUGUGUGGGGAACAUGAGAGCCAGACCAGAGCUCAGAGAGACACACCACACUCUGCUGGACCUGGACCGGGACCUGGACCUGGACCUGGACCUGGACCUGGACCUGGACCUGGACCUGGACCUGGAUCCAGCUGUGUGUCCAUGAAGAGUGAAUUCAGACAAUCUGUUGAUGGAAGGAUCCAGCAGCAGAGACCAGACUCUCCUGAACCCAGCUGUCUGUCUUUAAAGAGCGACCUGUCAAAGGGCAGGCUCAUUGACUUUAAAGGGCGACGUCCAUCAGCUGAUCAGAUGUGGAGGUAAAACAGUGGAGGCUUGGUGAGAGCUGUUGGGACUAAAGCAAACACUGAGCUGAAAGCUACAAACAGCUGCAGACUGAGCUGUUGAUUCUCAGUGGGAUCAGCAGGACUAGUAAACCUUUACCGCUACAGGGAGUCGUCUGAUUGGCUGUCACAUCC